CAGUGUGUUGUCUGGUGUGUGUAGGUGAUGCUGGAACAGAUGCAGGGUCUGAUGCACCUGGAGUUGGCCGGUUGUAAUGACUUCACGGAGGCCGGUCUGUGGUCCAGCCUGAACGCACGGCUCACCUCGCUCAGCGUCAGCGACUGUAUCAACGUAGCAGACGACGCCAUUGCUGCCAUCUCACAGCUACUGCCCAACCUGUCAGAGCUCAGCCUGCAGGCCUACCACGUAACCGACACAGCCAUGGCUUAUUUCACAGCCAAACAGGGCUACACCACUCACACGCUGCGUCUCCACUCGUGUUGGGAGAUCACCAACCAUGGUGUGGUUAACAUGGUCCACAGCCUGCCCAACCUCACGGCUCUGAGCCUGUCAGGCUGCUCUAAAAUCACUGAUGACGGGGUGGAGCUGGUAGCAGAGAACCUGAGGAAGCUGCGGAGCCUGGACCUCUCCUGGUGCCCACGCAUCACUGACAUGGCCCUGGAGUACAUUGCCUGUGACCUCCACAAACUAGAGGAGCUGGUACUGGACAGAUGUGUGAGGAUUACAGAUACAGGUCUAGGUUACCUGUCCACCAUGUCUUCUUUGAGGAGUCUCUACCUGCGCUGGUGUUGUCAGGUGCAGGACUUUGGGCUACAGCACCUGUUUGGCAUGAGGAGUCUACGUCUUCUCUCUCUCGCAGGUUGUCCACUCCUAACCACUACAGGUCUAUCUGGUUUGAUCCAGAUCCAGGAUCUAGAGGAGUUGGAGUUGACCAACUGUCCUGGAGCCACAGCCGAACUCUUCAAGUACUACUCACUACACCUGACACGCUGCAUGGUCAUCGAGUAGCCCCCCUCGGAUACCAUCACACCCCCCUCUAACCUACCACCUUAUCCAACUACCAACUGACCUGCCUACCAAUCCCCGACCCCAACUACCGACCACUCCAUUACUUCAGCCCAACGAACGCAGAGGAGGAAUGAUGACGAUGUCGAUGGAGCCAGCCACGAUCUCUGCUCCAGCCAGGAUCUCUGCUCCAGCCAGGAUCUCUGCUCCAGCCAGGAUCUCUGCUCCAGCUAGGAUCUCUGCUCCAGCUAGGAUCUCUGCUCCAGCUAGGAUCAACCAGGGAACGUUUACAGGAAAGAGGGAUUUUUUGUAGAGGGAUAAACUAUUUAAAAUAAAAAAGUGAGUUUAUUGGA